UAUCACAAAAAAGUUAGCGGCAAAAUUAGGGGCAUACCGAAAUCACAGUAAAGAAGAAGAAACGUUCACUGAUCUAUUAAAGAUGAAGGGAAUUUCUCUCCGAAAUGGCAAUGGUAUUCCUUUCAUCUCUUUAUUUCCUACUUCAGAUUCUUGUUUUUCGCCAAUUAUAGUCAGAGUUUAUAGUAAUAAAUCCAUGUCGGUACUGAGUAAAUUUAGGGCAAAUAGCAAUUUUGAGUGUUUAGAUGAUGCUCUGAUUCUCUUUAAGCAAAUGGUUACAAUGAAGCCUCUUCCUUCUCUUGUCGAUUUUUCUAAAUUAUUUAAGACUAUAAUAAAUAUGAAGCAUUAUUCUGCUGUCCUUUCUCUUUUUCGAGAAAUGCAGAAAUUGGGUAUCCCAAUUAAUGGAGUCAUCUUGAAUAGUGUGAUUAACAGUUAUUCCCUCAUGCAUCGUGCUGAUUGUGGGUUUUCGGUGUUACCAAUUUACUUGAAGAAUGGUAUUUCAUUUGAUGUGGUCACCUUUACUGCCUUAAUUAGGGGAUUUUUCGCUGAAAAUAAGGUCAAAGAUGCCGUUGAAUUGUUCAAAAAAUUGGUGCGAGAAAAGAUUUGUGAACCUGAUGAAGUCAUGUAUGCAACCAUCAUGAAUGGGCUUAGUAAAAGAGGUCAUACGGAGAAAACUUUAAGUUUGCUCCGGUUAAUGGAACAAGGGAACACUAAACCUGACAUAUUCAUCUACGCCAUUGUUGUUGAUGCGCUUUGCAAAGAUAGAAACUUAGAUGGUGCUAUAAGUCUUCUGAACGAAAUGAAGCAGAAAGGCAUUCCUCCAGACAUAGUCACGUAUAGUUCAUUGAUUGAUGGUUUGUGUAAGCUUGGUCAAUGGGAAAAGGUUAGGAUUUUGUUCUCUGAGAUGGUGAACCUUAAUAUUUAUCCAAAUGUGCGCACCUUCACUAUACUAACAGAUGGACUAUGCAAAGAAGGGAAAGUAGAAGACGCUGAGGAAGUAAUGAGACAAAUGGUCCGAAAAGGUGUAGAACCUAAUAUAAUUAUAUACACUGCGAUAAUGGACGGCUAUUGUUUGCGUGGUGAACUGGAUAGAGCGAGGAGAGUUUUUGAUUUCAUGAUAGAUAAGAAAAUUGAACCUGACAUUAUUUGCUAUAGUGUACUGAUAAAUGGAUACUGUAAAGUAAAACAAUUGGCCAAGGCCAUGCAAUUGUUUCAUGAAAUUUCUCAAAAGGGAUCAAAACCUGAUAUUUUUACCUACAAUAUCCUCUUGCAAGGUCUGUUUGAAGCUGGAAAAAUUGGCUCUGCAAAAGAAUUCUUUGCUGAGAUGCUAACAACGGGGCUCGUACCUGAUUUAUACACUCUCUGCACUUUGCUCAAUGGUUAUUUUAAAUAUGGACUUGUUGAAGAAGCUAUGUCAUUCUUUAAUAAGUUGGAAAGAGAGAUAGAAUAUAAUAGUAUUGAAUUUUACAAUGUUGUCAUUAAUGGAUUGUGCAAAAAUGGUGAACUCGACAAAGCUCGUGUGAUAUUUGAGAAGCUUUCUUUAAUUGGAAUGCUUCCGAAUGUGAGAACAUACACUAUAAUGAUAAAUGGAUUUAGUCUUGAAGGGUUUUUGGAUGAAGCUAAAGAUAUGCUUAGGAAAAUGGAGGACAAUGGUUGUAUGCCAAACAAUGUUACAUACAAUGUUUUUGUACGAGGAAACCUAAGGUGCAACAAAAUUAAUGAAAUGGCAAUUUUUAUGAAGGAAAUGGUUAGAAAGGGCUUCUCAUGUGAUGCAGAUACAACCGAGUUACUGGUAAACGUUAUAAGGGAGAAUCCUUCUGUCCUUGACAUGAUACCUGAGUUUCGAUCUGAAUAUAAGAAGUGAAUAUUUCUUUCUCUUGCUUUAUUUGGCUUUACAUUCACAAUGAGAAGUGGCGUCCAUGCAAUUACGGAAGAUAAAAAAAUGGCAAUUAGAACAUCACUUGAGCUUUCCAGGCAUGCUUAAGGCUUACAGAGGAGAUAGGGUUGUGCUCCAUAUCACCAUUUUCAACUAACUUAGAAGAUGGAGGGAGCAGUUUUCUUUUGAAGAUGGAGAAAUCUGCAAUCUGUUAUUGUACCCAUAACUUCAUGCUUCAAUGCUGUGUUAUACUGCUGGUAACUUUACUAUAAUUAGUGAAGUAAUUAGUGGGAUGGACACAGUAGAAGGGAAGUUUGUGCUAUGCUCUGUACUCACUAUAAGGUAUGCAUUUACGUUGUGAUAUUAGGAUGUAUUUUCAUUUCUUCCACUAUUAUUACAAUUUAAGUUGAAGAAGACAUACUUUACACUUCCGUAUCUAAAAAAAUUCUGUUUUUUCAUGUCUUUACCGUCGACGUUAAAGAACUAACAUUUUUAAUCAUCUCAUUUACACUUGUGCUAAGUUUAAGUGACCUUAAUUUGAAGUUAAAGAGUAUUACUGGGUUCGUCGAUCCUACUUAACUUGUGUUUUAUUUAUAAGACUGCUUUGUUUCAUCUUUUCUCAAAUUUGUCUGCCAACGAUGAGAAGGAAUAAGUAUCAGGUAUGGAUAAAUUUGUGGUGAACUGAAUUGUAUGCAGACUUACUGGAUGAUAUCAAAUACGCAAUUCUAACAUUCUUGUUCUUUUAUUUUUAGGAAUAAGAAGUACAUUGCUUAUUACCAAAUGGCAUAAGAGCAACCAUUACUUGAUUGUGCAACCUCUUGAUCAAUCAUGAAAAUGAAUGAUCAUCUAGUUUGAAGAAUAACUAGUCUUAUGUAGUUUGAAUACUUCACUCUUUUACCAUAAUAAUAUUUGGCAACAAUUGUCUUCUUACGACUUGCUGCAUUUAUACUUCAAGGGGGUUUAUUGAUUCACAAGUACAAAAGUGCUAACAAGGAUAAUAGCAGAAAUCCUUUGAGGAUGGAAUCAGAUAUCCGCCAGACUUUAGUGAUUCACAAGUACAAAAGUGCUAACAACGAUAUAUCUGCUUCGCUCCCUCUUUUGCCUUUUAUGAAACUACUUCAACUCAGCUGUAUGUCUCGUCUUUCCUGUUCUUCAUUACAUCCAUAAGAUUGAAUCUGUAUCUCAUUCUUAGGAUACCGUUCAACGCGUUCCUGAAUUACUGACUGAUUUCUGCUACUAAAUACUUACUGGUUCGGUGGUCAGUUUAGCAGUUGAGAAUUGACUGUUUUGCAGCUAUUUUCCCCUUUUAUACUCCUUCCUCAAUCUCUCGUCUCUGUAUUCGAAACAGGUUGAACAUAAACUCUAGUUUGAACUUCUUUUUCUACAAGAUAUGUGACUAUUUGGCAUGAUUUUUCAAGUUUUUAUCUAAAAUGGGUGACAAUUUACAACCCUUCUUCUACCAAUGGUAUGAAAUUCCUGGCGCAUCAUAUCGUUACAAGG